GGCAUCUCUGUGCGGCAUGGCCUGUCUGCAGGUCUGCAUAUGCAUCCAUCUUCAACUGUUUUCUAUCACUUGGAACCCGGCACCGGACGGUGGACAACACGGAUGACAUGAUAUGAUGAUCGCGAUGCCCGCGUACCGGGGGUACCUCGCCCCUCUUCCUCCAGGAGCAGCAUCUCAGGAGGAUACCUGUUGAUAAGCUGACUGCUACUGACGUGCGUGCGAGUGCGCAUGCUAGCUCUCCUCCCCCGAUUAUUAUUGCUAACCGCAGAGAUAAGUGAGAUGGGCUUAUCGUCUUGGGUGUCUACUACGCACCACCGCCAACCCGCCAACUUAGACGGUGGGGUCGUGGUGAAGCUUCUCGCGAGGACGGGAGUCACCUUGGUCUCGCACACGAAUGUCGGUGAAUGCGCGCAGGUUCCGUCAUCCAUCCACCCAUCCGCCCAUCUCGCCCCCUUUUUAAUUUGCCUCCACGCCUCACCUCACGCUCCUACUGCUACCUGCGUAGCGAGGAGCUGGCGAGCCCCAAAGGCGCUUGGGGGUUGUGUUUCGCGUCAGCAGGUGGCCGGGUAUCUGAGGUCCGCAGACAUGACCGUAGGUACACUGCGCCUAUGCCGUGUCGGCACGGACGCUAUGAUAAGAAAAGGCGACCUUUCAAGGGGGACACCUGAGCCUUCGGCGGGCAUCAUGCGUAUGUAUGGUAUGCAUGUACGCGCGGGAGGGUGUGGUGCGGUUGGGUGGGUGGGUGGUAAGGUACCCAAGGUAAUAAAUAUUCACGAGACACGUGCUGUGGGAACGGUGUCUAUAUGUGUAGACAUGCGUACACAUAACGAUGAUAACGGCGAUAAUGAGGAUGAUGGUGUUCACCCGAAUGUAAAGACACCAAUAUUGCUGUUUUUUAUUGUUUUUUUAAAGCAUCUAUUGCUGCUAGAGCUGGUCAGAGGAACACACCUAUACACCCAUGCACGUCAGCCUAUAUAUAGGUACCUAGAGGGCAGAGAGCCCUAGGUGCUUAGCUACCGACCGUACCUCUCUGACGCCGUAGCGGAGAGGGAAGCUGGGGGCGAACUCAACCCCUGAGACCGGCUCCGAAGGAGAGAAGCGUGAGGGUAAGCAAAGGGGGUAAUGUGAGUUAAGUGUAACCCAAUACGCGUACAUGGGUUUAUGUAUAAUGUGUGUGCGUGUGUGUGCGCGAGAAGAUGAAGGAGGAAAAGAGAGAGAGAGAAUCCACCACGCCGCUCUGGAACCUGUGGCCCUGGGACCUCACCCCGGCCGACCGGGCUGUCUGUAGCCCACGAUGGACCCUGUUUAUGGACAAGAACAGCAACCGGGCCCUAGACCUUUUACGUCGGGACCCGAGGGGAAU